AUGGUUGCAACGCAUAUUUGGAGUGACGGCGGCCAAGAAGACGAGUGUUUUCAGCUGCAAAAUGAGCCGAGCAGCGGGCAAAGAACCGAGGAUGAUGAAUGGCCGCCGUCAGUGACAAAGACUACGUGCACCCGCGGCUGAAAAACGCUGGCCGAGUGUCGCUUCUGCCCGAAAAAGGUUCGAGGUCCUGGUUCACCUUCUCUCCCUUCUCUGACGAGUCCAACUUCUCGAAAUGAGAGUACUAGGGUGAAAUUAUUAUGCUCUGGAAGAUUUUUGUAAUAGGAUGUGUUCAAUCACGGGUGUCCCCGUGAUUGAACACAUCCAGUUUCAAAAAAGUCUAGAGAUUCGAAAAUUGUGUAAGAUGAUUAUAAAAAAGAGAACAGGAUAAUUUCCAAGGGAGGUCCUUUCAGUUUGAAGUUUCGAGUUUUAUAUAUAUUAGUCAACAAACUGAUUGAAAGAUCCAACCAAAGUUCCUUAAAUGGCAACCUGCGCAAAAUUCUUAUUUUUCAGAAAUUAUUUUUUUCUAGUAGCCAUCAAAAUGUUUCGUCUAGACCAUCGAAUGAGUUUUUUGAAAAAGUUAUAGAAGAUUUCAAGCUUUCCAAACAGACAUAUCUUUUUUUAUAAAUUUGCACAGAUAGAGGAUUUCACAGCUGUUCUAGCUGCUAAUUUUCAAAAUGAAAGAAAAAAAUAUAAGGUAUUUUGCAGUAAUAAACAAGAAGUUUCAUAUGAGUAUGAGUACGAUGUCACCGAUUCUUCAACUUUUGGCAAAACUUGUUUCGAAGUUUCGUAAAGUUCGUAGGCGACUGCGAGGACCUUAUCUCGAAAACUCGAAAAACUGAUCAAGUGAUUCUUUCACCACUCAGAAAUUGGACUGCAAGCAGAGUUUACCAGCUUUGGUUAGAGGCUACGAAAAAUCAAGAUUUGGAAAGGUUAUAAGAUUACCUAUUUCAAUGGGCAUCGUUUCGAUAAAUCCAAAAAAGCUGCUGGAAACUAGGUUACACGAAACUAAACAUUUUAGAUUUUCUAUCAUCUUUUUUUAAGUUUGUUUCAGGAAGUAUAUAUAGCAAGCAGAAAGCUUAGAAGAAAAAGGGAAAAAUAGCCGGACAGGUGUUGAUAGGAGAGGUGAAAUGAGCCGUGGAUUGAAUCGGGAGAGACGUUUUCGACAACCUAAUGUUCCAGAGGGACCACCAGAAAGCAUGCUUCGAACCUCGGACCGGACAAGAUGUUGACAAAAAGUUGCAGGGUACCGGGUGCGUAAUUACCUGUCGGCCGGGUCCUCAUUAUCCCUCCAUUAUCACUCCAUCAACACGUCAGCUGUUUUUUCGCGCGUUCCUUCGUGAAAAGACGACAAAAGAACUGUGUACUUCCGUUUUCUCAGAACUUUUUCCAGUUACUUUUUCUUUCUUCAACAUACAUACUUUGUGAGCCCCAAAAAUUUGAUAUAAACGGUCGAAAAUUUCCUUGUCAGUUAUUUUUUAAAAUUUUACCUCACGCAGAACAUAAAAAACGCAUUGAAAUAUUCGACCAAAAUUUUCGGAAUACCGUGAAUAUCGAGUUUUUUUUUCAGAAAAUUUAUGCGUUUUUAUGACGCGUUCAAAGCAACUUCGAGAAAUUCAAAAAGAUCUCUGGCUCUGUAAAACUCUUCGUUAUCUUCUUGAAUCUUACUAAAAUCAAGACUUACUAGGGCUUGGUCUCUACUCGACAACGAGUUGAGAAUUGAGACUUUGUGGGUGGAUAGGGCUAGGUGAGACUACUCGGAAUCAAAAAUAAAAUUCUGCUAAACCCCACAGGCGACCGAGAAAAAGCUCGUCGAAAGAUUUCCAGCGCGUAUAUGGCCGCGCUCGGAGCAUUCGGCUAGCAACUGGCGGCGUGGUGUAG